UUUCAAAAAACACACCCUCUAGAAAGGGAGCUCGGGGAGGCGGUAGCUUAUAUUGUGGCUGCUCAUUACAGUUUUCGUACGCGACUCUCUUCCUAAACGUCAACGUGUGCAGCUGAAGGGAAGCAGGCUUUUUGCCGAUAGCCUUAGCAGCGAAACUAAAACUUCUCCGUACGAAAUCGAAAAUAAAAAGUGUGGUAACUGAGAAGCGUGCCACUCCUCAUACUUCGUUCAGAUUUAUCUACCUGUUGGGACCUGUCGGAAGUCUAUUUCUCUUUUCAGCGGGGCCGAAGCGAGGUAGCUGGUCGAAACCAAAGAAGGUCGUGCGGCAUUUAAUUUGAUGUGCUUUUUCACAUUCACGGACUAACCUAGGGGUAGAAAUGACCGCUGGCAACGAAAGGGCAGCUCGGGCUUUGAAAGAAAUCCUUCAGAAGCCAGGUAACCGCGCCUGCGCUGACUGCGGAGCACCUGACCCAGAAUGGGGCUCGUGUUCCCUGGGAGUGUUCAUCUGUUUGGGCUGCUCCGGAAUUCACCGGAACCUUCCAGACCUCGGCAAGGUCAAGUCCCUCAGUCUCUCCCGCUGGGAGGACUCUGAGGUGCAGUUCAUGGCACAGAACGGAAACGAAGCGAUGAAGGCAAAGUACGAGGCUGCAGUUCCAGUGUAUUACUACAAGCCCACCCACAAGGACUGCCAGGUACUAAGAGAGCAGUGGAUCAAAGCCAAGUAUGAAAGGGAAGAGUUUAUGGAGCCUGGGAAGAAGCUGACCUAUGAGGAAGGGACGAGGGACGGCAUGCUGAUGAAGAGAGGACGGGACAACGGGCAGUUUCUGAGCAGGAGGUUCGUCCUCAACGAGAGGGAGGGAACGCUGAAGUACUACACCAAGUACGACGCCAAGGAGCCCAAAGCAGUGAUCAAGGUGGACACCAUAAACGCCAGCUUCCAGCCGGAGAAGAUCGGAAACCCCAACGGCCUCCAGAUCACCUACCUGAAGGACUACAACACCCGCAACAUCUUCCUGUACCACGAAAGUGGCAAGGAAAUCGUGGACUGGUUCAACUCCAUCCGAGCAGUUCAGCUCCACUACCUGGAAGUGGCUUUCCCGGGAGCGAGCAGCGUGGAGCUGAAACCCAAACUGACCAGGAACUUUUUGAAGGAGGGUUACAUGGAGAAGACAGGGCCAAGGCAAACGGAAGGCUUUAAGAAGCGAUGGUUCACCCUGGACCACCGACGGCUGAUGUACUACAAAGACCCCCUGGAUGCCUUCGCCAAGGGCGAGGUGUUCCUGGGCCACAGGGACCACGGUUACAGCACCAACUCCGGCCUGCCCCAGAACACCCACUGCAAUGGGGCGUGGCAGUACGGCAUCACCAUAGUGACGCCGGACCGCAGCUUCCUGUUCACCUGCGAGUCGGAGAGCGAGCAGAAGGAAUGGCUGACUCACUUCAAUUCCAUCAUCAGCACCGUGAUGACCCCGCAAGAGUACUCCAUGGAGGCUCUGUUCAGGCACAAACACUGACGGAUAUGAACACUACAACACAGUCUGCUCCUAUCCACCAGCGAUAAACCCUUCAGUAACAAACUGGCCUUCCUCACUGUCUUAGCCUUCAUCCCUGGCUAGCGAGAGACCGUCCAAUCACAGCAGCCUGUGACACACGGGAGAAAAAACACAAUUCAAGCAGCAGCAGAGGUUCUGGGUAAUUGUGUGAUCUAAUUGAGCCUCUGCCUACCAAUGACUACAUUUCCCAGUGGGGUGCAUGAGUUUAUACGAACAUUUGCAAACAAUUGAACCAUUCAAACUUUUGUCUUUUUUCAUUUUGUUUUGUGUUUAGUUUUAUUGCCAGCCUUUGUUCUGGGAAUGUUUGCUGAUAAAAAGAAAACAAAUAAUUUUGAAUAGAUGUGCAGGGCAUUAUACCAAAUGUUGCAAAAUCUUUUUUUUUUUUAAUGAGUGCUUAAUGUAAAAUAUUAACGGGUCACCUUGGUGAAUGACGGUUCACCUUGGUGAAUGACGGUUCACCUUGGUGAAUGACGGUUCACCUCGGUGAAUGACGGGUCACCUCGGUGGCUUUAACGUCUCCAAGUUGAGAAUUGUAGUGCCUGUAAAACACCACUAUCUCCCCUUCAGUCAGAAUCAAGCUGUGUGAGGGAAAGGCCCACCAUACCACCACUGUUUGUUACUCUUUGUGAAGGCUUGCUCUUCUCAGAUCAUUGUUUUCUUUCACUGUCGUCCCCAGGCCAUUGAAAUAUGGACCCAGUGGAAAUAUUUUUUUUUUUUUAAAAUAUGUAUAUGACACUGUCAACAGGUCCCUACACUAAGUUUUUAAUUUUAUUUUUUAUUUUUUGUAAUUGAUGUUCACUGAAUGUUUUUAUAAGUCAGUUUCAGCAUAUGGUGGUUUCCAUGCCAGAAAUGUGGAUUGGGUCCAUGUAGAACCUUGAUUUUUAAUAACUUUUUUGAGGAUAAGAAAAUAAUAAUAAUAAAUGGUCAUACAAGAAUACGUUUUCCCUCGUAAGGCUGACACCUGCUGGCUGACCUAGUGAUGAUUAUUACACUUAUGAUUCUUAUUUUUGUUAUCAUUUUAUACAUCAGUCCUGUGAAGUCCUGUUUGAGGCAAUUCUUCGAAGAGGCAGAUUCUCAGCUAGGAUCAAGCUGCAUUUGGAUUCUGUGCACAUAUAGUGAAAAGUGCAGGUGAUUGUUUGUAUUAAAUGGUUAUAAUGGCUGCAAAAGCCCUUGAACGCUUGACUGUAAGGUACUGCAUCCUACACUGCCACCCAGUGGUAAUAUGCUCGGCAUCAGUAUAUUAAUACACCAAUAAUACACAAGACCCUAUUCUACAAGACUUUCGGUUUGUCCUGAUAGACAUUUCGCAAGUUUUAUGAACAUUAAAAUUAAUCUUCUUUUGUAAUCGUAUUCAUUCUUAUAUAGUAGUUUUAUGAUCCACAGGAGCCUGCAUGCACUGUUAAAAGAUGACGAAUCCCGGAUGAAUUUCAUAAGAACUUAAUAUCUGGGAAUUGCCUCAGACUGUAUUGUUAGUAAUAAAACAGAAAAGUCAUGCUACUGCAA